AUGGAUGACUUAAUUGAUUCAGCACAGUCAAGUGAUCUUCAAACAAACAGGCUUUUCCAACUCCAAAAGGGAGUGACAGCCACCAAACCUGAACUCUCUGGAGAUGACAAAUCAUUCCUGCAGGCGACAGACGUUAUUCUUAACAAUGGUGGCUGCUGGAAAGAUAUCUCCUGCCUGUCCUACAUUCCUAUAGGCUACUACAGGAAACAGGCGAAGAGUGAAGCAAAACUGGUGACGGGUCAUUGCUGCCGUUUACUAAUCGAGAAGUCUUGAAGAUAAAUUUCUGUGAUAACAGAUACGCCUCGUGGAUGGCACGUACCUCGGAGCUGUCGGCCAGAGCGAGACAGAGAGUCUUUUUAGGGGUUUUCCAGACUUUGCUGUUACACCACAGUUUAAUCUUGCCUCGGAGCGCCGGGAUGACGGACAGAGCGAUUAA